CGCCCUCACGCCGUCGCAGGGAAAUUGAACUACGAUGGAAGCAGACAUCUCCGGCGAGUUCCCUUGCUCUUCGAUCGCCGUUGAUUCCGUUCUCCGUAUCGGUACAGCUGGCUUGAUCUGGGGCGGUUUGACCGGCCCUCUCGACGCCGACAAACAAGGUCUCACUGGUCUUGCUCGUGCGCCGUUCAUCGCUAGAUCAAUCGGCCGGUUGGGCUUUCAAUGGGGACUCUUUGCUGCAGUUUUCUCAUUCACUCAUUGUGGUGUCCAAAGAUACAGGAGGAAAGCUGAUUUGGUUAAUGUUUUGACAGCAAGCGUCGUAGCAGGCACAGUGAUUGGUGGUACUCGACAAUGGAAGCAGGUUGCGGGAAUAACAGGUCUUGUAUGUCUCUUAUAUGGCGUUAACGACGGCUCUAGAUCAAUCUAGAAAGCAUUUGGGGAAGAAGUGAACCAGUAGGCUUAAAGGGACUGACUUCCAGCUUGAUUCAUCUUCUGCCACAGAAGUUAUACAUUCACAUUUUCAUUGUGAUUAUUUGGUUUUGUUAUCUUUUCACUUAUAGUUCAUAGUUUGAACCUCAACUAGAGUCUUUUCUAGCUUCUAGGAGUAAAACUAUUGCUGCAUUGUAGAAUCAAUGCUUACAUCUGCAUAAGAGAGAUAGAAAAAUAGUCUUUUUAACAAAGAAUAUUGCAUUAAUGACAUUCUAA